UGGUAGGCAUCUAUAUGUCUAUCUAUGACCCUAUUCUACUCUCCGUCCCUCCUAGAAAUGUUGGCGGGAAAGUCUGUAGAGUAAAAACUCGGUCGCUGCUACUUUCCCUCCCAAAUUUCUCCCCCGCCGCCGUCACCUGAUGGAAUCCGAUUCAGACUCCGGCGGCUCUCACGUCUCAGCUACUCCUCCCAGAAACUCCAAACCGCCGCCGAAGCAGUUUCGUCCCGCUCCUCCUCCUCCGCUUCCCCUGCGGCGACCUCCACGCGCCGGAAGCAAAACCAGAAACAAAACCCCAACUUCCUCCUCCGCCGCCGCCGCCGCUUCUCGCUCUAAUAAACCCCUAGAACAGCCGUCUCUAGACCGGAAAAACGACGACGACGCUCCUGCGGUCUAUUCAGCACCUCUCUCGAACCUGCCGUUUCAGAUCUGCUAUCAAAACCGACCAAUUUCAUCCUCCUCGUCUUCCCAUUCAAUCGAAGCUCUCCCCGCCGGCUAUUUCUCCAAAUCCGCUUCCUUCUCCAAAAUCAGAAGAACCUCCCUCAAUUUCGAAUCGCUCGACGAGUCUUGUCCCCCGCCGCCGCCGCCUGAUUCUUCCACGGCGGUUCCAGCCCCGAAACCUAACAACAACAACAUCAGGAAGAAUAUCAACCUGAUUCGAGCGGAAGCGCCGCCGCCACCAGUCAAAUUGCGGAAGUGCAGCGGUGGCAGCGAAGGCAACUUCGUGAAGCUCAACACGAACUACAAGAACAAGUUCCUCAACAGGAAAGGGAUGCGGAAGAGCAGUAGUAGUUACGCGUCGAACAACCGGCGACUUUACCGACGGAGCAAGCGGAAGCUGAAGGCGGACAGCGAAGCAGCCGAAGCGGGUGGGUCGCUAUGCGACGAGGAAGGUUUGGUGACGGAGAUCACCCAACAGAAGGCGGAGAAUGGUGGCGAGUUGAUUGAGGAAGCGGUUUCGGCUGCGAGAGGAGAGCCAUCCGAUGAGAAUUUGGUGAGGUUGUUGAGUUUAAUGUAUGGUUAUAGUUCGUUUAGGAAUGGGCAGCUUGAAGCAAUUAGAAUGGUGCUCGAUGGCAAAUCAGCAAUGCUGGUUUUGCCCACCGGCGCCGGGAAAUCUCUCUGUUAUCAGAUCCCGGCAGUGAUUCUGCCAGGAAUCACUCUUGUGGUGAGCCCGUUAGUUGCGUUGAUGAUCGAUCAGCUUAAACAGUUGCCUGCUGCCAUUCAAGGUGGCCUUUUCUGUAGCAGUCAGACGCCUCAAGAGGUUGAAGAGACCACCAAAUUGCUUCAGCAAGGAGCCAUUAAAGUGCUUUUUGUUUCACCAGAGAGGUUCUUGAACGCUGAUUUCCUGUCAGUUUUGUCUUCUAUUCAUGUUUCCCUUCUGGUGGUUGAUGAAGCUCACUGUAUUUCUGAAUGGUCUCACAACUUUCGGCCUUCAUAUAUGAGGCUCAGAGCUUCCUUACUACGUGCCAAGCUUAGUAUUGGAUGCAUUCUUGCAAUGACAGCAACCGCCACUACCACUACCUUGAAUGCUGUUAUGUCUGCUUUAGAUAUUCCUUCAACUAAUCUCAUUCAGAAAGAGCAGCUGAGAGACAAUCUACAGUUGUCUGUAUCCUUUAGUAAAAACAGAAUGAAAGACCUACUGAUGUUGAUCAAGUCUUCCGCGUACAAGGAAGUCCAGAGCAUCAUUAUAUACUGUAAAUUUCAGACUGAAACUGAUAACAUAAGCAGAUAUUUAUGCGACAAUAACAUCCCAGCAAAGAGCUAUCACAGUGGUAUCUUCUCAAAGGAACGCAGCCGUAUACAAGAGUUAUUUUGUUCUAACAAGAUUAGAGUGGUUGUUGCAACUGUGGCAUUUGGCAUGGGUCUGGACAAGAGCGAUGUUGGAGCUGUGAUUCAUUAUAGCUUGCCAGAAAGCCUUGAAGAAUAUGUUCAGGAAAUUGGACGUGCUGGAAGGGAUGGUAGACUGUCCUACUGCCAUCUAUUCUUUGAUGAUGUCACCUAUUUCAAGCUUAGAAGUCUCAUGCAUAGUGAUGGAGUAGAUGAGUAUGCAGUAAACAAGUUCCUCUCCCAAGUCUUUACCAGUGAAACUAGCUCACGUGGAAAAGUUUGUUCACUAGUCAAAGAAUCUGCUUCUCGCAAAUUUGAUAUGAAAGAAGAGGUGAUGCUCACGCUUCUAACACAGUUGGAGUUAGGGGAAGUGCAAUACUUGCGCCUACUUCCACAAGUAAAUGUUACAUGCACUGUGAAUUUCUACAAGACUGCACCAGGGCUACUUGCUGACAAGGAUACCGUGGUUUUUGCAAUCCUCAAAAGAUGUGAAACUAAGCAAGGAGAACAUGUUUUUGACAUUCCUUCAGUGGCAAAUAGCAUUGGCAUCUCAAUUACUGAGUUGUCUGAUCACCUCUUGAAUCUGAAGUUCAAAGGAGAAAUAACAUACGAGGUUAAGGACCCAGCAUUUUGUUAUAUACUGGUGGAGGUCCCCAAGGAUGUGAGCUCCCUUUCCACACAUCUCACCAAAUGGCUAGCUGAAGUCGAACAGUGUAAGGUAAGAAGGCUACAGGAAAUCCAUGAUGCUGUCCAAUUCACCACGAAUGGUUGCAAUAAGACUGCAGGUUGCAAUGGCGCUGACCACACAGCAUGCCUGCAGAGAAGGAUUCUCAACUACUUCAAUGAAGAUACAGAACACGAAGUUGCAGACAAGACCAGUCAAAUCAGCCCAUUUCUGCGAGCAGAUAUAAAGGUUUUCCUGCAGAGCAAUGCGCAUGCAAAGUUUACACCCCGAGCUGUUGCGAGAAUAAUGCACGGCAUUGCCAGUCCAGCUUAUCCUUCAUCGACUUGGGCUGGUGCCCAUUUCUGGGGACGGUACACCGGAACUGAUUUCGAAGUGGUAAUGGAAGCUGCGAAGGCAGAGUUAAUUAAGUGCGUCGGGAAGGAUGGCUCAGUACCUGUAUAGAGCUGGUAAAUUUUACAUCAUAUACAUUCAGUUGGCUUGUUACAGCUGGGUAAGACGGCGUGAAGGAGUUCCCGAAACGACGACGUCGUCGUCUGUGAGAUUGGUAAAGGCAUGGAUCAAGUGAAAUUGUUCCGCCGCUGCUUAUCCGGGGUACCUUACACGUCAAGGCAAUUUGCUUGCUGUGGCGUAAAAGGGUACACCAGCUACUUUGGGCUGAAGUUACGGAAACGGUGCCGUAUGAUUGGAAAGUAUAAAGAAACAGGAUAGGAGCUUCUGGAGUUUAUGUGCUACGUAACAAAGCCGGGGCCUACAAGUUUCAAUGGCAGACGUUUCGGUAAAGCUCUGCUCGUGUUAGGUUUCCCAAUUCCCACCCAAACCUUUCAAAAGAAGAGUCACAGGUUGUUGAAUAGUUGAUUGUCCCUACACAACUCAGAUCAAUGUCACACAUAUCAUUAGAGUAUUGAGUAGUAAUUAAUAUUAUUAUUAUUAUUAUUAUUAUUAUUAUAGUAUAUUAUGAGUACUAUUUCUGUAAUUUCUUAUAGUCAUAUUCCUUAUUAAUUUGGGUUUGUAUGUUAGAUUUCUACAAGUUAAGUGUUUUUCUAUUGGUAUUAGGGUUAUUAUGAGAAUUUAUUAUUUUUAUAAAUUUGUGUGGUUCAAUAAUAAGAUAUAAUAGUUUCUAUUCUUUCAUCGAACAGAUACAUAAACAUGUGACUCAAGUGGUAAGGAACAGGGUUUGCCACAAUGUUCUUUCUCCCUCAAUUCUCAUAGCUGAUCAUUAUGACACAGUUUAUUGAUGACCAAUGAUAACUCAAAUGAAUUUAACUGGUAUCAAACAUUCAUGAAACUUAUGGUAAUCUUAAACAAAUGCUUCAAUAAUCACAAUGUGAAAUUGUACCGCAAGUUGUUCCAAAAAAUUUAAUGAUAAGAUAUUUUAUACUUAACAUUAUGAUUUAAUUGUGAUUCAAUUAUUUCUUAUCGCUAAAAUCACUAUCAUUUUGAUUUUCGUAUUUGGUAUUUUCGAUACGACGACCAAUAUAGUAGGGUUUCUCAAGGAAAAAGUGGGCAAGUGAAGUGAGGGCCUAGUGGUGGACCCCAAGGCAAAUGAUAAAAUUGGUAAUGGUUAAAAAGAAUUGGGAAAAAAUAAAAGAAAAGGUAGGGAUGGUAAUGGGUCGAGGCGGAUAGAGUAUAUCCGUUAUUCUAUCCAAAGUAGUUCGUGUUUUACCCAUACUCAUACCCAUUCUCGCUUAACAAUCGAAUCAGAAAAUCAAAACGAUGCUCAUAUCGUUCGGAUUUCGGGUAUUAACGGUUAUCCAUGAGUAAUAACUUCUCGAACUCUUACCAACAUCUUAAUAUUCACAUGUAUAAUCACAUUAUAAGUGGAAAAGUAUGAAAAUAGUCACUAGAACGAAGAAAAUCAAUUGAAAACAAAACAAUUUUAUGAAAUUAUUAUAUUUGUAUGUUGAAUAUAAAAUAUGUUUAGAA